CUCCAAUUAGAAAAAAGAAACAUAUUCCCUUCUGCCAAUACGAAUUUUGCCAAAAAAGAUAACAAAACCUAUUCCCUUUCGACAGUCUCCGGCCUGCAAAAUCGCUCCAGUUAACAGUCUCUGGUUAACAAAAUCGCUGCGGCCUGUGACAGUCUCCGCCCUGCCACAGCUCCGACGAUCUUCUUCCCAAAUCCCAGGUUUCAAGAUUGCUGCAGAAAUCAUUAUUCUCCUUUACUUUCUUGUCUUGAUCGGAGAAAAAUUCUUCUUACCAGUGCAGGACUGUCUGUAGAGAUUCAAUGAGCCUAGCAUGUUACUGCAGAUCUUAGGAUUGCUUGCAAACAUGGUCUGCCAUAUAAGUGAAUUUCUAGAGGAAAAGCUACUUCAUAUUAAUAUUGACUCACCUCUGGUUUCUCAAAUAUCAAGUCAUCAGGGGCAAAAGGAACCAUGUAGGAUGGCAGAUCACAUCGUAGUAUUGCCUGCAAAAUUGAUAGAAUUAAUCAGCAGGAUGAAUGAUGAGUCACAUGUACAUAUCAUAGGAAAAAAGCUACAUACUAGAUCCUUGCUUAGUCUAGCCAGCUCCGCAUUGGAUAGCAAUACCUGAACCAAUUUCUCUGGCAACCAACAUGGUCUCUUGCCUAUACCUUGUGUUACGAUAUUGGAAAACAAGAAGAAAAUUGACACCUAAGGCUUGGAGCAGAGGAGAAGAGAGGACAAGGGGAGUUCAAUAAUUCGGAUAAAGCUAAGGUGUACCCAAGCAAAUCGAAACAAUAUGGCCAAUCAAAGUUGGAUGAGCAGGUUGUAAAUGGGAUAGUGCCUACACGAGCACAAAUUUUCAUAUUAACUCAUACAAAACGUAAGGAUGGUAGACUACUGGAUGAUCAUUCUGUCAAGGCAAUCGAAUGGUAAAUGAAAGGAUGAGCAAUAGUGAGAGCUCUACUGACCAACCUCCUCACAGUGUUGCUUGGAAAGGCGAUGUGUAUUCCCAAGUAUUCGAAAAUGACAAAUAUGGGUAUGUUCGUGGUUUAGGACUUGGUCCAACUCCUUCUGUUCUAUGGGGUAAUAGGUCUUCCUUAGGAAAUAUUGUUGCAGAUGAUUCUUCUAAUGAGGUUAUACAAAUAUUAGAACAGGAGAUAGUCAAGUUAAAGGAGAAACAAAAUGAAGAAAUGAAUAUGAUGAAACAAAAUCAGGAGAAGAUGCAAUCAGAAUUACUCCAAAUGAGACAAUUCAUGCGCAGAUAUGCUCCUAAUGUAUCUAUGACUCAAAGUAGCAAUGGCACCUCAUGUGAACAAAUCCCUGAUGCCAACAUUGGACAUGAACGAGUACCACAAACAUCAAGGAUACCUAGUGUUGCUGAAAAUGCUCAACCUUCUCACGGUACUACUCAUCUUUGUGCCAAAGGAGACGGAAGAGCCAAUAUUGAAUUGAUUACAAACCUUUUCCACAUGUUGCUGGGCAGGCUCUUCACAACAGUGUCUUACCCAGGGAAUUCUGCUGCAUAUGAGUGAGCUUUGAAUUCCUGUUGUACACGGGGGCCAAUGUUAUCUGAAGGAAAGAUAGUAGUAAGUGGUUAUCACAUGCACAAAUGAAAGGAGAAAUACUUGUAUGGAAUUUGAGUUGUCUUAGAGGCUGGUGAAGAAAUGACAUCCCCAAUUACACACAAUGACUUGUUUAUGAAUUGUGACAGUGAUGGAAUCUUCAAGAUAUUUUUUCACAUUGUAUUUUAUCUUCUGACACAGUUAUUUUAUAAUUUCAGAUCAUACAGUUUGAUGUUCGAUAAUUUAGCAGGUGGAAUAUUUCAAAAUGAUGAAAAGUUGCGGAAAUCAUUUGAAUACCAUCAUUCGUCUGGAUUAGUUAUAUAAUGACAUUAGCUAUUUCCUUCAAACAAUGUAAGUUUAGUUACUAUGACAUCAAUAUUAGUAAUUCCUUAUGUUUGUUAACAUUUAAUGAGAUAUAUUAUGUUUCUUUUGAAUUAA